AUGCGUAUGACUAGAGCGCAAGCGGCUGCACUAGCCGCUGCUGAGGAUCAAGCUGUAGAUCAACCUAACGACCACCUUGACGACAGCAAUGAGAACGAGAAGGGUGCGUCCACCACGCCUACUGAUGGACCCUCGGAGCGUGAAGCUUUGGCUGAAUUGACGACCAACCGACUGGAUACCAACAAGCACCAAGACGCUGAUGCUGUUUCUGGAGAACAAGUCGAUGAGCCAGAGGAGCAGGUGAAGGAGGAAGAACACAAGGAAGAAGAGCACACGAACGGAGACGCAGAAAGCGGCGCACAGAUUGGAGAUCAAGAAUCAACAUCUGCACCGACUGUCCCCAUCACCAACGGCAAACCAAUUCACCAAGACGCUGCAGUCCAAAAGGAUGUCGGAUCGCCAACCACCGAGCUACCGCUGCUCAACAUCACGCCUCAACGCACACCAGCCAAGAAUAUGAUAAAGAAUGAAUUUGCGCAUAUGCGCAGUACUUCGAACAAGGAGAACAUGGUCCCUGGCUCGCCUGCUGUUGCCGCGCCUUUGGCAUCAUCACAGACGACCCUUGCACCAGAGCAGUCUGAGAUACAGACACAGCAGCACACACAGCAUGACGAACAACCGCAGCCUAGCACGCCUGAGCAAAAUAUCGAGAGUCACAACCACAAAGACACGGCAGAAACCACAACCACAGAGCUGGAGAGUACGCAAACAGACGAUACACAGGAUGACAGUCUGAUCGGACAUUUCGAGGCCCUGAGCGUUUCCCCCAAAAAGCAGAAGUUUGCUGAGCAGGAAGUCAUGUCUGGCGCAGAACGGUCAGCUCCCGAGCAAUCUGCCAGUGAAUCUGAAAAGCAGACGCAAGAUGCUCCAGAAUCCGCCCCCAGCAACUCAGUCGCACCUCAGGACAAGGAGAAGAAGCCUUCAGCUUCACCAUCCGUAAAGAAGCCCGCCUCUUCUAGGAUCGAUGACACCAAACCCGCACGAAAACCCUCCGUCAGACAAUCAACUCUUGAUCGCCAGUCCUCGGUCGUCCGCAAGUCUAUGGCUCCUCCUUCACGCCCCGAGCCGUCAGCAUCCACAGCCAUCAAGCGGACAACUUCUGUCAAACGCUCCUCAGUCCGCCCCAGCAUGGCUCCCAGAGCAGGCUCCUCACAGUCCGCCGAGCGCGGGGCUCCCGCAAAUAUCCCUCACUCCAAACCUCGCCCUAUUUCAAUGUCCUUCCCCACACCUCCCCCUCCUCCCAAAUCUACAAAGGCCGCCACCACAUCGACUUUCCAGCUUCCCGGCGAAGCCAUUGCAGCGAAACUCAAGGCUGACAAGGAGGCCCGUCUGCAACGACAGGCCGAGGCCGGUAGCAGCGCAAAGUCAACCUAUAAACCGCCCACUACUCAAAGGUCUACUAAAGCGCCUACCAGAGCAACUUUUCAACUUCCUGAAAAAGAAGAGCGUCAGAAACGACAAGAGGAAAACGGUGCCGCUGCAUCAAAAUCAACAUAUGUGCCCCCUGUGACACAGAAGAGCACAAAACCAGUCACAAAGGCUACUUUCCAGCUCUCGUCUGACGCCUUUGCCGCAAAAAUGAAGGCACAAAAAGAAGCUAGACUGGCCAAACAAAAAGAAGAGGAGGAACAGAAAGAAAAGGAGAGGGGAGUGUUUAAAGCCAGACCUGUCCCAAAGAUGGGCAAGCCAGCGGAAGUUAGACAAAACGCAGCUAGCCGUGCUCGUUUGCCCUCUGGCAGCGAAACUUCAGCAGCAAUCAAGAGGUCAAGCAGUGUCCGCGAUCCCAACACUGCAUCCAAACGCCUCUCCUCUUUCCACCCCUCAGCCUCAUCCUCAACCACUCUCCCUCCCCGCGCAGCAACUUCCUUCCAGAAACGACAGAGUAUGGCUCCUUCGGCAUCAAAAGGCAAAGAGGUCUUCGGACGAGCCAAGGAAGAAAAGGAAAAAGAAGACAGAGGAAAGAAAGAGAAGGAAGAAGCAGCGAAGAAGGCCAGGGCUGAGGCUGCAGAGCAAGGAAGGCAGAGGAGUAGGGAGUGGGCUGAUAAGAAAAAGGCAAAGGAAAAGGAGGAGAGGAGGAAGACUGUCGCUGCUGGGGUUUAG